CCCUAGAUGCAGGCAGGCGUGCACACACCGGCAGAUUCACUCAGCUUCCGCAUCGCUCUCCCUUCUCCAUCUCUGUGUCUCUAUCCCUCCCUGCUCUCUCUCCGCCGGUGGAUUUUAGCGCACUGCUGUGUUGAACACCGCCAAAAUGUCCGACAAGCCUGACCUGACCGAGAUCGCCCGUUUCGACAAGACAAAGCUGAAGAAGACGGAGACAAAAGAGAAAAACCCUCUGCCCACCAAAGAGACCAUCGAGCAAGAGAGGAAAGGCGAUGCCACACCUUGACUCCUGAGCACAUGAAGAAAAAGACGCUGAGAUGCCGCAGCAAAAAAAGCACUUUCUUUUGAUUAUCACAGUAUUUCAAUCUCUUACUUUGUCUUCGGAUGAGGGUGCUCUUGAGCUCCCUGGGGUUGCCGUAUAGGGGUAUGUGGCAUCAUCACAUGGGAAUGCUCUCUUACCACUUUAAAAAACAUUAGCCUGGGUGCCUGUCUCGCACUGUUAGCCUAUAGCUAACAUGUCUCCAAUAUUGCCAAACUGGGGAGUGGUGCAGUGAUGUAGCCCAAAGAGAUAGACAGGCAUCCAGGCUAUGGGGGGAGGGGGGACUACAGUCAUGGGAGCACUCAGAGUCUAAUCAUGUGGGAUGUUUUCUUAACUUUUUACUUUUCUUUAUGAAAUAAAUAUGAAGACAUGGAACCAGUCAACCCUCUGUG